AUUGAUGUGUUUACUUUUAUUUUGUAUGAUUAAUCUAUAAUUUAAUGUUAGGGUUUUGUAUGAAAGGACCUUUGUAUUUUUUUCUCAAAGCUUGACUUUUGCUACUUUUGCCAAGUUUAUAUGCCAAUUUAUCACCUUAUUAUACCUCUAUGAAAUGUACUUCUAUGAACACUAGUUUUAUCUUUGUUUGUUGACUAUGAACUGAUAAAGAUUAACUUUAUAUCAAUGCUGUUUUGCAUGUGCAAGUGGAAAAUUGUGCAUUCAUGUCAGCUGUGAAUAACUUGAACAGAAACCCAUACUCACUACUGUGUGGGGUCAGGCAACAGGCAGCAAACUGUUACUCUCUAUACAAAUUGUGUGAGCUGCAGGUGCUACAGGUAUAGGAGGACAUGUUUACCUUUUAGCAAACACCUGGUGUCAUUACUGAUUUUCUGUAAUCCAUUCAUAGAAUUUUAACCAAUAUUUUUUUUUAAAUUCUCAACCGUUGAUGCUUUAUAUGUACAUUUUAUCAGAUGAAUCUUAUGGUUAUAGAAGAGUUUUGACACCUAUGCCAAUAAUAAGCCCAGUGGUUAACUCUUUUUACGAUGUUUCAGGUGGUCCAGUGUCUCGGGUGGUGGACUUGACCAAUGCUUCCAAUGUCUCCGUCUCCCUUGGGGAACAAGAAACUAAAGGAAGCCUGUCACAUGAACGCUACAGCCAAAGGGUUGAACACCUGAAGGAGUAUUUUGUGGACAUCCGUGCUGUCCAGACAGCCAAACAGCUUCUUGAGCAGCAUGGCCAUGUCAGCAUCUGUGGAGCUCCAGGAGAUGGGAAGACCAGCACUGCUCUGAUGAUCUGUGAGGCAUAUCAAGAAAAGAGAUAUGAAACAGUGUUUGUGGAAAACAUUGAACAAUUUGAUGUUGAUACAAUUUCUAAACGACAUUCACACAUGCUGGUUGUUUUUGAUGAUAUUUUUGGCUCUAUUGCAUUCAUUUCAAAUUUGGGAGCGAUCCGUAAGUUGCUCAGUGCCUUAGCUGAUGAUCUCACUAAAACUGCUGCUGAUAAAGAGAGGGAUUCUAAGAAGAAGAAAAGUAAACAUUCAAAGGGUGAUGAAAAAUCAAACGAAGAUAAGGAGAAAUCCAAAGAAGAAACCCCUAUCUACAAACUGCGGCUUGUUUUCACCUCUAGAACAUACAACUGGAAGGAGGGAUGCUCAAGGCUACAUCAGUACAAAGAGGGUCUACUUAAAACAGAAGCUACUCUUGAUAUGACUGAACACCAUCUCACAGUUGAAGAAAAGAUACGUAUGUUACUUUCAUACAUGACCAAACAUCCCUCAAGUGAUAUCUCUGAAAAGGACAUGUGUACCAUCACUGAUUCAAAACACAACAUAUUUGGAUUCCCUCUUAUCACCAAACUCUUUUUUACCAAUGCAAAGUUCCAGAUGCACAACUUGAAAUUCUUCAACUAUCCACUGAACUAUCUAAGAGAUGACAUUGACAGUAUUGUCCGGGAAAAAAGCAAUAGAUCAGCAGCCAUCCUCAUCCUCAUCCUUUGUGAUGGAAACCUGAACCUUGUUUCUUUGCAGUCAAGCAAAGCUGGACAUGCCAUGUUUGAAGCUGUGAAGAAAGUAGUUCCUGAGUGUACAGAAACCGAGAUUGCCAAGGAGAUCAACAACUUUACUGGGAUCUACUGUACAGUGGAGGAUCACAUGGCAUCUUUCUCCCACCCCGCCAUAUACGAUGCUGCAGCAUGUGCUGUAGGACAUCUCAAUAUCGUGUUGCUGCUGGAACACUGCUCCCUGAAAUUCAUGUAUGAAAGAGUGAGACUAGCUAAGAUUUCACAAAAAUCAUCAGACGUUGAUGAUGUCACAAACAUGAUCUACAUCACUCCCCAACUACACCAAGUAGUAGCAAACAGACUGGUUGAAGGUAUUACACAAAGACGCUUCAUUUGGACAGUGAAACAUCCAGUUCUAAGUGAUGAGAUGAUUGCCUCCUUACUAUGGACAGAGAUUAAUGAUAACAUCGUUGAGAUUGUCCAGCAAAAGGAUAGAGACAGUGGUGAAUGGUUUAUAUAUUUGACUUCUGUGUCUGAGAGUUACACUCUGUUCUCUAAGUCAUUAGAUGUUAUUCGAAGAUUGCAUAACACCACAUUUGAUCUGUAUGAGUGUGUGGUAGCCUGUGUUAGACAUGGCAAACUGGAACACCUUAAACAUCUAGUUACUGAGAUGUGUCUACAUGGUGGGUUCAAUGUUGAAUUUUCCAUAGCUGGGGAAACCCUGCUCAUUAUGGCUGCCAAGUCAGGACAUUCAAAGGUGUUUGAAUUUCUCAGUCAAAAAGGCGAGAUAUUUCAGUGAAGGACAGGACUGGAAACACAUGUUUGCAUUAUGCUUGUAAAUCAGGAAGCAUGGUGUUGACAAGAAAGUUGAUUGAAAUGUGUCCUGUUUUGAUAGAUUUGCUGAAUCAUAAGGGGUUUACACCUGCAAUGCUUUGUGCUGAAGGAGGUCAUCUUCAUCUCCUGAAGUUCCUGAAACAAGAAGGAGCCCAAUUAACAUUUACCAACUCUGUCGGAACAGAUUGUUUGCAUUUGGCGAGUAAAGAAGGCAACUUGUCAACUGUAAACUUUUUGAUUGCACUGAAAAUAUUUGAUGUAAACAAUAUGGAAAUAGAGAUGAUGCAAACACCCAUCAUGAUGGCAGCGGAAGGAGGACACUAUGAUGUUUAUGAUCUCCUUGUGUCUGAGGGUGCAGAUCUGACCCUUACAGAUGAUAAGGACAGAGACUGUCUGGUGUUGGCUUGUGAAGGAGGUAACAUAUCCAUAGUAAAAGAUGUCUUGGCAAGGAAAUCAUGUGACAUCAACAAACAGGGAGGAUGGUAUAAACAAACACCCGUCAUGAUGGCAGCGGAAGGAGGACACUAUGACAUUUAUCUCCUUGUGUCUGAGGGUGCAGAUCUGACUCUUACAGAUAGAUACGACAGAGACUGUCUGAUGUUGGCCUGUGAGGGAGGUAACACAUCCAUAGUAAAAGAUGUCUUGGCAAGGAAAUCAUGUGGCAUCAACAAACAGGGAAGAAUGGAGGAACAAACACCCGCCAUGAUGGCAGCGGAAGAAGGACACUAUGACAUUUAUCAUCUCCUUGUGUCUGAGGGUGCAGAUCUGACCCUUACAGAUGAUAAGGACAGAGACUGUCUAAUGUUGGCAUGUCAGGGAGGUAACAUAUCUAUAGUGAAAGAUGUCUUGGCAAGGAAAACCUGUGACAUCAACAGACGGGGAGGAUUGGAUGAACAAACACCCGUCAUGAUGGCAGCGGAAGAAGGAAACUAUGACGUUUAUGAUCUCCUUGUGUCUGAGGGCGCAGAUCUGACCCUUACAGAUGAUGAGAACAGAGACUGUCUAAUGUUGGCCUGUGAGGGAGGCAACAUAUCUAUAGUGAAAGAUGUCUUGGCAAGGAAAAUCUGUGACAUCAACAGAUGGGGAGGAUGGAAGGGACAAACACUCGUGAUGAUGGCAGCGGAGAAAGGAAACUAUUAUAUUUAUGAUCUCCUUGUGUCUGAGGGCGCAGAUCUGACCCUUAUUGAUAAUGGCAACAGAGACUGUCUGAUGUUGGCAUGUGAGGGAGGCAACAUAUCUAUAGUGAAAGAUCUCUUGUCAAGGAAAACCUGUGACAUCAACAGACGGGGAGGAUUUGAUGAACAAACACCCGUCAUGAUGGCAG